UUUGACUUCCUCGGCGCCUUUGGUAUCUACGAACCACGAACGUGAUUGCAUCGAUGUUUCUCUAUCCUAGUUAAUAAACUUCUUUAAGUCGCUGAUGAAUCUUCGAUAAAGCGGAGUGUUUGCCAUGUACACAGAGCAGUCUGUAUAUUAUUUACGCGCUUUUAUUAACGAGUGACAAGAGACGAGAUAAGGAGACCCCUUCCUGACAAGAAUUUCCGCGCGAAUAGCAAUCGCUAUAAAUCGAAUUACAGCUUGUUAUGCAAGUUUAGUACAAAACGGGCAUUCUAUUUGUACCAAUGCGCUGGUAUUCCGUCGUUCGUGAAUCUCAUUCCUUGUCAAUCCUUUACGCGAAGUCGACAAUAAUCGCGAAACGCUCUGUCUGGAAAAACGUGCGAUGGAGAAGCUCGAAAAGCCGCUGAAGGAGCCGGGAAAGUUGCGGCAGUUUCUCGCGGCAUUGGUGGUAAAUCUGCUGGCACUGUCCUACGGGCUCGUAAUGGGAUGGCAAUCGCCAUCAACUCCGCAGUUGCAGAGCUCGUCGCCGCCUGUAGGAAAGGAACCCAUGACAGACGAUGCUGUGUCCUGGUUGACCGGGAUAUUAUGCCUGAGUGGUACUAUCACGACCACGUUACUUGCAAUAAUACCCGACAAGUUCAGUCGGAAGAGAUUCGGCUACGUAAUAGGACUACCGAUGAUGCUCUCCUGGUUGCUGAUUGUCUUCUCCACCGAGCACAUAUAUAUUUAUGUGGCGAGAGCCCUCGGUGGUCUUGCUGGCGCCUGUCUCUUCUGUCUCGUAUCGACCUACGUAUCGGAGAUUUCAUGUGAUAGCAUCCGCGGUAUGCUGGCGAGUAUACUGGUAUUCUCCGUAAAUUUUGGAAUAUUAUUGAGUUAUAUAUUAGGCGGAAUAUUGUCCUUCCAUGCCUUUCCUAUAAGCGGCGUGAUAAUAAGUGUGUUAUUCUUUAUCACUUUCACCUUCAUGCCGGAGUCGCCAGUCUACUUGGUACGCCAAAAUCGUAUGCGUGAGGCAAUUAGGUCCUUGAAAUGGUUGAAAGCUGGAAACAGUCUGGUGGCAGAACGUACAUUGUCGCAUAUACAGUUUCAAGUUAAAGAAGUCGCUUCUACGAGAUCUGCUAAAUUUUCGGAUUUAUAUAGAGACAAAGCCACAAUUAAAGGAUUAAUAAUUAGUUUUGGUUUGUUCGCUGGCCAACAAUUCUGCGGAAUCUUUGCGAUGCUCAGUAACACGGAGACCAUCUUCAGGAUGUCCGGUAGUUCGUUAUCGCCGAAUAUGUCAGCUAUCAUUGUAGCAACUAUACAACUCGUUACAUCGAUGUUAGCGAUGUUCUUGGUGGAACGUGCGGGUAGACGGCCUUUGCUUCUCCUAUCUUGCGCAGGAAUGUUUGUAUGUCACUGCGUGAUGGGCGUAUUCUGUCAUCUUCAGAGUCUGCAGUAUGAGGUGUCUGCCUAUGCUUGGAUACCAGUGAUAACAUUGUCUGCUUACAUGUUGGUAUAUGGCCUGGGAAUGGGUAAUAUACCCAUCGUGAUGACGACCGAAAUAUUCAGUCGUGAUGUAACCAGCUUAGGUACAACCGUAGGUCUUAUUAUAAGUUGGGGAUCCGCCACUAUCAUGACAAAAUGCUUUACGGAUAUUGUUGCUUUAUUAGACAUGCAUGGCUGCUUUUACCUCCUCGCCAUUUUCUGCAUGUGCACCUUUUUAUUCGGUUUCAUAUUGCUGCCAGAAACCAAAGGUCGAGCGCGCGAAGACAUUGUGGAUGAAUUGAACGGUGUGCGGUGUACGAAAAAUAAGAACAAUGCUAAGCAUAUCAUUGGCACGGAUUCAGCGGCGCAUGCGGCACAUGUGUAACAGUGUAAUAUUAACAUCCAAGAUGUCCAAAAAUUUGCACUUAAUAACAUCGUAACAAAGAAAUUCACGAAACAUUAGCAUUUUCAUCGUUUAACUUUUUUUAAUACAAAUGUAAUAAUUUGUACAUUCUACAUAAGUACACAGAGAAAGUUAUGUGUCAUCAGUUGUUAUUGCAAUUAUGCAAUAGUUCUUUUAUACUCGCAUUAAUUUUUUAUUUAAUCCUUAGAGUUCACUCUUUCAUACUUUCAUUUAAAACUUUGUAUCGGCCCAAAUAUAUUACAUGUAUAAUGUAUUAAACGCUUCACUUAGUAUAACAACGUAUACACGUGAUUAAAUAUACAAGUCAUUUUUUUUAUUUAUAAUGAUUUAUAAAGAAAAUGAGUCUCGUUUACUUCAGCCGACUGUUUCCUGAAAUUUUAUUUUAUUAAUGUAAAAUUUAUCAGCAACAAUAUGCAUUUAUGUAAUCAUAUUAUCUCGCAGGUGCAUAUAGCACAUAAAAUGUAAAUGACACAUGAUAUGUAUGACAUAUAUUGACACAUGAUAUAUGGCAGACAGAAUUGACAAUAUUGACGAUGUUAAUAAUAUGUUUAAAUAAUGCUAAAACAAACUAACGAGAAUAAAUGUUAAUCAAUGCGGC